CACCAUGAGUGCCGAGGAGGAUGCCAGGUGGCUCCGGUGGGUGACUCAGCAGUUUAAGACCAUUGCGGGAGAAGAUGGGGAGAUCAGCCUGCAAGAAUUCAAAGCAGCUCUGCAUGUAAAAGAGUCCUUCUUUGCAGAGCGAUUCUUUGCUCUAUUUGACUCCGAUAGAAGUGGCACCAUAACCCUCCAGGAGCUGCAGGAGGCACUGACCCUGCUCAUCCACGGCAGCCCCAUGGACAAACUCAAAUUCCUCUUCCAGGUGUAUGACAUUGAUGGCAGCGGCUCCAUUGACCCGGAUGAGCUGCGCACUGUGCUGCAGUCGUGUCUGCGCGAGAGCGCCAUCUCGCUGCCCGAUGAGAAGCUGGACCAGCUGACGCUGGCGCUGUUCGAAUCGGCCGACGCGGACGGCAACGGGGCCAUCACCUUCGAGGAGCUCCGGGACGAGCUGCAGCGCUUCCCCGGAGUCAUGGAGAACCUGACCAUCAGCGCUGCCCACUGGCUGACGGCCCCAGCCCCCCGCCCACGCCCGCGCCGGCCGCGCCAGCUGACCCGCGCCUACUGGCACAACCACCGCAGCCAGCUGUUCUGCCUGGCCGCCAACGCAGGCCUCCACGUGCUGCUCUUCGCGCUGGCGGCCAGCGCGCACCGGGACCUCGGCGCCAGCGUCAUGGUGGCCAAGGGCUGCGGCCAGUGCCUCAACUUCGACUGCAGCUUCAUCGCGAUGCUGAUGCUCAGACGCUGCCUCACCUGGCUGCGGGCCACGUGGCUGGCUCAAGUCCUACCACUGGACCAGAACAUACAGUUCCACCAGCUUAUGGGCUACGUGGUGGUGGGGCUGUCCCUCGUGCACACCGUGGCCCACACUGUGAACUUUGUGCUCCAGGCUCAGGCGGAGGCCAGCCCUUUCCAGUUCUGGGAGCUGCUGCUCACCACGAGGCCUGGCAUUGGCUGGGUACACGGUUCAGCCUCCCCAACAGGUGUCGCUCUGCUGCUGCUGCUCCUCCUCAUGUUCAUCUGCUCCAGUUCCUGCGUCCGCAGGAGUGGCCACUUUGAGGUGUUCUAUUGGACUCACCUGUCCUACCUCCUCGUGUGGCUUCUGCUCAUCUUUCAUGGGCCCAACUUCUGGAAGUGGCUGCUGGUUCCUGGAAUCUUGUUUUUCCUGGAGAAGGCCAUCGGACUGGCAGUGUCCCGCAUGGCAGCCGUGUGCAUCAUGGAAGUCAACCUCCUCCCCUCCAAGGUCACUCAUCUCCUCAUCAAGCGGCCCCCUUUUUUUCACUAUAGACCUGGUGACUACUUGUAUCUGAACAUCCCCACCAUCGCUCGCUAUGAGUGGCACCCCUUCACCAUCAGCAGUGCUCCUGAGCAGAAAGACACUAUCUGGCUGCACAUUCGGUCCCAAGGCCAGUGGACAAACAGGCUGUAUGAGUCCUUCAAGGCAACAGACCCACUGGGCCGUGGUUCUAAGAGGCUGUCGAGGAGUGUGACAAUGAGAAAGAGUCAAAGGUCAUCCAAGGGCUCUGAGAUACUUUUGGAGAAACACAAAUUCUGUAACAUCAAGUGCUACAUCGAUGGGCCUUAUGGGACCCCCACCCGCAGGAUCUUUGCCUCUGAGCACGCCGUGCUCAUUGGGGCAGGCAUCGGCAUCACCCCCUUUGCUUCCAUCCUGCAGAGUAUCAUGUACAGGCACCAGAAAAGAAAGCAUACUUGCCCCAGCUGCCAGCACUCCUGGAUCGAAGGUGUCCAAGACAACAUGAAGCUCCAUAAGGUGGACUUUAUCUGGAUCAACAGAGACCAGCGGUCUUUCGAGUGGUUUGUGAGCCUGCUGACUAAACUGGAGAUGGACCAGGCUGAGGAGGCUCAAUAUGGCCGCUUCCUGGAGCUGCAUAUGUACAUGACAUCUGCACUGGGCAAGAAUGACAUGAAGGCCAUUGGCCUGCAGAUGGCCCUUGACCUCCUGGCCAACAAGGAGAAGAAAGACUCCAUCACGGGGCUGCAGACGCGCACCCAGCCUGGGCGGCCUGACUGGAGCAAGGUGUUCCAGAAAGUGGCUGCUGAGAAGAAGGGCAAGGUGCAGGUCUUCUUCUGUGGCUCCCCAGCUCUGGCCAAGGUGCUGAAGGGCCAUUGUGAGAAGUUCGGCUUCAGAUUUUUCCAAGAGAAUUUCUAGCCUCACCUCUCCAAGCUCUGCCCCAAAUCCACACCGUGGGUCUGCUUCAUUGCAUUAGUAUAAAUGUCCCCACAGGGACCAGCCUCAGACGACCCACCCAAUAAGACAAAGCCUAGGGACCCCCUAAUCCUGCUCAACACAGAGAACAGGAGACCCCAAGGGGCAGAUGAACUUCCUCUAGAACCCAGGGGAAGGGACAGUGCCUUGUUCAGUCUGCUAUAGAUUCUGGGGUUUCUGUGAAACAGGAAACCAGAGGCUGGUGAUGGGAGCUUGGGGGUGGGGUUCGAGGGGGCAGAGGGCAACCACUCCUCCAAACAUUUUCUGAUGGAGCCUUCCCCUACCUCCACGGUCCCAAACCUGCCCAAUCAUCACAGUCAUUUGGAAGCCUGUUUCUCCGGCAUCUUAUAAAAUUGUUCAAACAUACAGAAAGUGAGAAGAAUCAUACAGUGAAGAGUGUUACCUACUUCCUAGACUCCUCAGUUAAUAUUUUGCUCUGUUUAUCACAUAGUAUCCAUCACUUCCUCCUCCUUCUUUCCAUCUGUCAAUUUAUCUGAUUUUUUGGAUGCAUUUUCAAGUUAGGUGCAAAUAUCUCAGCACACCUUGCCACUUGGAGGAGCCUUCUUUAAAUGCACAUUCCUUGGUCCCACUACCAGAAAUUCUGAUUCUGAUGAUCUGGGAAUGAAACCUGGAAUAUGUAUUUUCCACCAAAUCCAUUUUCAUAGGGAGAAAUAAGCAGCGUCUUUCCCUGCCCCCCUUGUGUCUUUGUCUCCCCAUCUCCCUCUCUCCUGGCCCAUCCCUCAGAGCCUCUCUGGGCUGUAUCCUGGCCUCUUCCUUCUCUCUGUGUGCUGAGUCGCUUGAGAAACAGGAUGGAGACAGCCUCUUUGUGUGCCUCUCUCUCUGUCGUGGAAAGGCCAAGUGCCUGGGGAUGAAGCAGGCUAAGCCUGGAAGCUCAGCUCAGCCACACCCUGGCUGUGUGGCCCUGGAAGCUUCCCCAUGUCUGUUUUUUUCAUCUGUGAAAUGGGCUGAUGCCAUCCCUCAGUCACAGUUGCUGUGAGGUGACAUGAGAUGCCAAGUGCUCAAGACAUUCCACCUCAGUACAGCUCCUUGCUGCUCCAGGCUUUCGUGUGUCUAUAUCACUUCUCUUCAUCCUGGCUCCCUCUGUCUCUGUUUUCCAGCCUCUGUUUGCGUCUGUCCCUGUCUGGGCAGGAGGGAACAGCAGAGGCAGCAAAGGCUCUCUCAGCACAUACUGUGGGGAGGAGCGGCCCUGGGCAGAGGACAGGGUGGGCCUCACCUCCUCCAUCUGAGCUGGACAUUUCCAUCUGUGCCACACUGUGAGCUCCUGUGAGCCCCACAUUUCCUGGGCAUCCUCCACCUUGCAGUCAGUCCUGCUAGGUUCUCUUCUUGACAGUGUAAAGCACCCUUCCCCAAGGCUGCCAUCAUGGGGUUGGAACCAGGCACUUUCCAAUGGGAUUGUAGCUGGUACCUUUCUUUUCCAUGGGUUGGAAGUCCAUGGUUGGGAAGGGGGAGGUAAAGAAGCCCGAUCAUAACCUGGACGAUGAUGUCCCUUAUCUAAGGUGGGGCUGGGAUGCAGCAGUGGGGGUGGGUGUGACGUGCAGGGGAUGAGCUAGUUGGGUGGAUGGAAGAAUGAAGGUGGGGGAAAGCUCUCUUCUGAAAGGAGCAAUAGCAAGGGGAUGGUGGAGGAAGAAGCUGAGGCAGGCCCUGGGGAGGGGAGGGCAAAACAUACCCUGAGGACUGGGACAGAGAAGGAUAGGAGUGAGGAUGUCGUCUUUAAGAUGUGAGGAGGAGCGGGAAGAAGAAUACGAGAGGAGGAGUGGGGCCUGCAGUCAAGGAGAGGCUAAUUCGGUUUGGGUGGGUGGAAAGCGGGGCUCGCGCUUGCACCGAGCCUCCAUCUCCCUGGACCGGGAGUCAGCAAGGCCAGGAGACCUGGUGUUGGGGCCUUCCAACCGGAUCAUGUUUAAUUUCCAGCAAGCCUGGGGAGGCACACAACUCACCGGGGAAACUCACACCUGGAGUUUUACCAGCCUGAGGCCACACACUCUUGGAACCUCUUUCCCUCUGUUGAGUCUGUACUUUCCCCUCUUCAUCAGGCUUGGGAAGGCUUGGACAAAACGCUCUCUGGGACACAGAAGGAAACUAAAGAGGGUCUUCUGACUUAAGGUUGGAGGAUGUAAACAGGCUGUGCCAAAUCAUUUGGAAACGUGGCAGAAUCUGUUUAGCACAGGAUGUCUCACACAUGCACUCAGUGCACACACACAUGCAUGUCACCAUUUUGGAUUCUUUCCCGUCUCUGUCUACACUGCCUUAACACAUUUGAGCCCUGUCCUCAGUCCUUUGCUCUCUCGUAACAGAUUUCCACCAGGCUCCCACCCGCAUAUACAAAUAGUCAGCUGUUCGUUUAGGACUUAAUAAUAUAGUGGGUGGGAGCAGGUGGAAGGACUUGGACAUAACGAUUCUAAAAUCCAUGAAUGCCCACAUGUGUGACGACCAUAUGCCCGUGUCCUGAGGUUUUUCUCUCCAGACAGAUUCCAGUUGCCCACGAGAGGGCGCUGCAGAAUCACGGAUCUCAAGAGGGUUUGUUUCCCAGGAAGUGAGACUGGUCCCUGAGUGGCAGUUAAUCAAAGGGAAAGGGGCUAGGAAGACAGCGCCCCGUUCCAAAGCUCCCCACUAGAGGCAAAACUUCCAGGCUCCAUCUCUGUGAAGUCAAGAGACUUCAUGUUCAAGGUCAGUUUCUCUAGCUGGCAGCUUCUCACUGCUGCUGCCUUCCCCCCAAAUUCUACCCUCCCCAUACCCGGUGUCCAGUUCUGGGCUUUCCUCUUUUCUGCGUGCAACAAAAUGUCCAUCGGUGAGGUCAAGUUGAGCUGAACAGGCCUGGCUCAGGGACAGUUCACAGGUCCAGGUUCUGUCUGCCUCAGUGGACAUGUCAUCGAAGGCAGCAGGACCACACAUGUGAGCGCACGGCACGCAUGGUCUGACCAUCUGGAUGUUUCCCAGGUGUGCAGAUGGGCAUCAUCGGCCAUCAACAGGAAAAUGCAUCCAGAUGACUGGCUGACUUUUCUUCUCUCACCAGAUGUUGGCAAUGCCGUAGAUACAUCUGGGCCCAUGACAGAUAAGGCUGACACACACAAAGAGAAGAGAGAAGGAGCAAAGGCCAGUUAUCGGCACAUGUGCCCCUCCUCCCCCAUGAAGCUGCAAACUCCCCAAGGCCAGACAUGGGGACCUGAAGCCUAGCACAGAGUGUAGACCAGAUGUCGGUUCCUCCCAGGGCAAGGGGUUACUUAAAUGGAAUUAUCCUUACAAAGAGUCUUUUGCACCUAAUUGUCACUUGUAAUUUGGGGAACAAAAGCACAAACACAAGCCCACUGAACCACUUUGCCAGGUGCCAUUGCACUGUUCUGUGAGGACAGCGCUGACGGAGACAGCAGGCAUUCCUGAAAUGACCAAUCAGGCAGGGCCCUCCCGGACGAGCGGCACAAGUGCAGGCUAUUAAUACACUGAGCCAGGGGUAUUCGUGGGAGGGGAGGGGGCGUGGGCAACAUGGAGAGUCACCAGGCUGGCAGACAAAGUCGAAGGUAGGGAGGGAUGAGGAACAUUAGCCGAGACUGGUUCUGGGCCAACCUGUUGGAGACACAGUGGACAAACCUUUGCCCUCUGGGAGGCAGGGCACUGAGUUCUACACUUGCCUCUGCCGCAGUCUGCUGUGUGACCUUGGGUGUAUCAUUUGACCUCUCUGAGUUCUCACUUUCUUAUUAUAAAGUGAACAGAUCAAGUGUGUAUGUGUUUAAGCACUUGUGUAUAAAAGGAUACAUGAAAAUAUAUUUAUCUGUGUGCUCUGGGGAGUGGGAAUGGAGGGAUACAAUGAAGGAAAGGAUUUUGUGUUUUUGUUUUUGUUUUACUUUUUGCCCUUCUGUAAAGUUUAAGUUUUUAUUAAUAUUAUAGUUUUAUUUUAAAAAGAAACCCAAAAUAGGAUGUCAUGUAAAAGAAAAAAAAAGUACCAAGUGUUUGAUAUAAUCCUAUUUAUAACACAGAAAAUAAAUGAUAUAUGUAUACCAUAUGGGGAUAAAUACAUAAAAAUACACGGAAAGAUAGUUAGAAGCCAGCCUUAAUCUGUCUUGGGCCCAGACAGCCCUUAUCUGUUGUGGGCCCAGAUGUGUCUACAGCAUUGUUAACAUCUGGUGAAAGGAGAAGAGUCAGCCAGCCAUCCUGAUGCGUUUUCUUGUUGAUGGCCGAUGAUGCCCAAAUGCCAAGCAGUUCACAGUGGUUAACUGUGGAGGAAGCAAAGGAGGACUUGAAUGUUUUCCUCUUAUCUGUUUCCUGUAUUUGUGUGUUACCUGAGUAAGGUUUCACUUCCUGUAUUACUCAUGUGAUAUUUUACUUUUUAAUUUAUGUACUUUUGUAUGGCUUGUAUCUACUUUUUAAGAGUAAAACAAAAUGCAGAGAUUAUCUGCAGUGUUGUCUAAGAUCCUGAAUAUUGAUUUGGUUUCAAGUGAAAGUAUUUCGGGCCUAAGCCAGGGGACUGGCCCUCCACGUCAGGGGUCACUCCCUGGGCUCUUCAAAAAGGGAGGCUCCUAUAGUGCCCAUUAUCAAUAUGCUGCUGGCCCUGAAUGGCCUAAGUAUUAAAAUAAAAGGCCCUGUCCAGGCCCAAAACUAGUCCAGAAGGACUGUGGAGGCCGUGGGCAUACACGUGAAAUUGUAUGCACAGGGGCUAAGCCCAGCACCAGCCCAGCCUGGGAGCUGAGAUGCCUCAGGGCACACUGUCUGUGCUAAACAAAUACUCAUAUUAACUAGCCUUCCUGACAGAUUGAUGCAUCUUUUUAUGAUCUGUCUUUACAGUGUGAUGACUCUCUCCUUUUAAAAAUAAGAUUAAUUCAGACAAGACAUUUAUUUUAUGAGGAAAUGCAUCCCGGGGGAAAAAUAUUCAAGCUGAAUGGCAGAGAUGGCUGGAAAGAGACUUGACUCUCAAGGAAGCUUCCAGCCUCCAACCUUAGCCACCCAGCCAUGGCCCCAAAAGGGCUGCCCUAAUACUAGUCAGGGACAAGUGGGCCCUCUUAAACUACCCUAGCUGUGUGAGUGUAGCCUGCUGGAGAAAAAAAGAAAGAAAGAAAGGUAGUGAGUUUCAGUGUGGCAGGAAAGAAAAGGAUGCAUUUUUUGGUAAAGGAAAAAAAAUCUGAGAUUUACCCAAAUUUGGCUGGACAUGAGUUUAUAUAUACAGAUUAAGCUUGUCUUUAAAUAACCCUAAAGAAUGUUCAAGAACAGUGAAUGAUUUGUCUCUGUGUCCCCAGUGACUAGAAUAGCGUCACCACCUAGUAGGUGCUUGGCGUGUUUCAUGAAUGUUUCCACUGCUAUGAUCUGUUUCAGCUGGUGACCCCAUGAGGUACCCUUGACUCCCCUAUCUCCCCCAUCUUCCUCCUUCAGCCAUUCAUCAAGCCUGUCAACAUGGCAUUCUAAAUGCUUCUCAAGCACAUUUCCUUCCCCAUUGGCCCUGCCUUGGUUCAGUCCUUAAAUUGCCUAUAGCCUGGACUGGUGCAGCAGAGACAGGCUGGAGAAAGGAAGACCAGUUAGCAGGAAAGGAAGCUUGGAAGACCACCCAGCUAACUGGUCUUCCUUUCUGCAGCCUGGCUCUGAUCCAUCCUCCACACACUGCUGUGGGUCUGACUGCACACCUUCUUUUUGGAGGACUCUCCUAUUAUAGCCAUCAAACUCCUGAGUCUGGUACACAAGCCCUCCCCCACAUAAGCCCUGGAUGAAGAUCCACUACCAUUACAGCCAGUGUUACCUGGCCCUUGCCUACCUGUCAGGUCUUGGCAAUGUCCACCUUGCUCUUUGUACUUUAAAUAACAUCAUUUCGUGCUCCCCCAGGACACUGUGCAGCUUCGCACCUCCAAGCCUUUGCUUCUGCAUUGCCUGAUACUUGGAGCACCCUUCUCCACUUUCAGAUUGAGAUUUCGGAACACUUUAUCAUCAGCCUAUCCAUAAAGACUUCCUUGCUGGUCCCUCCCAUCACAGAAUAAACAGCCUCCGUAGGAUUGUACUGUA